AUGAUUGUUGAUAGGUCUUCAUCAGAAAUUCAGCAACCAUCUGCUUGUUUUUCUUGUCAUGCGAUUGGAAUAUCAUCCUCAUCGGCACUAGGUGCUUAUAUGUUCUAUCAAGCAAAGAAAGCACAAACAUCAACACAUCGUUUUACUUGUGCUCUUUUUGGAUUAGGUUUUUUUAUAUUUGCUUCCCAUCGUGUUUCGUCUCUAUUUAAAGACAUAUCUCAACAGCGAAUUGCAGCUAAUGGACGAAUGAAACGAAGUUUCGAAGAACGACGAUGA